AUGCAUAUCUCCAUUCUGCCAGUGGAGAUCCUCCAGUCCAUCUUUUUGUAUGUACACAACAAUCAGUCAGACUCGUGUGUGUUUUCUAUUGUUCAUGAACAAGAUCGAGGUAAAGGCCAGGGAUCUGAGCAUCAUCCUGUUCAGCAGUACAUAAAUAAGCACCAGCAAUCUUUCCUUGGCCAGUCAGGAGAGAACAUUAAAGCAUGUGCAAGAGUAUGUCGCUCAUGGCAUGCAAGUGUACUCAGACUUUUAUUUCAAGCUCCUAGGCUUUCUCAAAAGAAUCUUUUGUAUAGAUUCAUUGAUACUCUUGCAAGUGCCCAAUCAGCACGCAUAAGAUGGAUUGAAAAUGCAUCCAAGCCUAUGACAUCCAUUUCGACUUUAUCUCAAAGUACUAUCGAGUAUCCUGGAAAUGCUGUUCAGGAGCUGGAUUUGUCGUUGCUUACAGGAAGCCAAUCUGUGAUUACGGAUUUGCUGCUUGUUCGCUUGAUAUCAUUGCUUCUGUGGAAUCCCGGUACUCCUAAACUGCUACAGUCUACUUUAACUCCAACGCCGUCUACAUCUACUAGUCGUUUGAAAUCGCUUAAAAUGAUGGACUGCUUUAUGGUUACUGCAUCUGGUUUAAAAUCUAUAUUUAAAAUACUACCACCACUUUCUACAUUUGAGCUUAUUGGAGCCAGCCUGGAUUCCCAAAUUGCAGUUGCAUCCCUUUUAAAACAAAAUGCAGCCCAACUUGAGCGUAUUGCUCUCCAAUUUUUAUUCCCCCAUACAGUGGAUCUUCAUUUGGAUGGUCUAGCCAUCCGUUUAUGCGAAUUUGAGCUAUGCAAGCCUCGAAUCCGUAUGCGACACGAACAUAUAGAAAAUCCCGAUUUAAGCGAGUUUAUUGAAACCGAUGAUUCGGAUACAUAUACUGGUUCAACAUCACUCAAUUCCUUCCAUUCAGCUAUUCCCAUAAAAAAUCAUGAUACCAUUUCUAUACCUCUGAGCUAUCUUCAAAAACUUGUGUUAAGAAGCUGCAGCAUAUCCGACUCUUGCAUCCAAUCUAUUUUCAAACAAAAUGUACACACAUUCAUAUUGCGUCAAAUCGACCUCACAGGAUGUAUAUAUCUAACAGACACGGCCAUAAAGUCGAUUGCUUUAGCAUGUCCAAUUUUAUCACGACUUUCACUCGAGCGAUGUCUCAACAUCACCAAUGAAUCGAUUUUAACGAUAUCAAAAGCACCCAUGACACAAACUUUGUCAUUUCUGACUUUGGCUGCAUGCAGAUUCAUCACGGUGGAGGGACUGAAGUUGCUUACUCAUUGCUCUGCGUUGAGGUUUUUAGAUUUAUCAAAAAUCAUGACACCUUCAUCCAAACAAUUGCUGAUGUUGUUGGUAACUGAAAUGGCAGAUAGAGAAACGGAGCUGCUUGAAAAUGUCGAACUGAGAAUGGCUUUGGCUGACACUGACGCUAAAUUUGAAAGAGUCAUUCACAACUUUCUUGCCCCCGUGCUACUUAAACUAGAUAGUCCUCAUGAUGUCGUCCGCCAAAAGGUCAUUUCCAUGUGCAAUCACGCCCAUAAACGCUUAAAGUCGUCUAUUUCUAUUCAAGUUCCUGUAGAAACUCUACUCCAGUCAUUUACCAAGCCGAGUGCAAGUGUGCUACAACGCAAUCUUAUCCUCAGUUUUAUCGAAGCUGGCUAUUCUCGACUGGAUACUACUGAAUCUGUUCGGCUUUUGCCAUUGGUUCUGUCUGGCAUCUCGACUAGAUCUUAUGCUCAGCGUACGACUCUGCUUUCUAUUGCUUUACCAAUUAUUUCCAAUUACAAAGAAAAAACUGGUCCUGGUGCUGCUCCCCAGAUCAAAGAUCCGUUUGACUUUAAAAGUAACCCAGAAGAUCUCAAGUUUCUGUUAAACUGUUUUAUGGAUGUUAUGCUGUAUACUGUUCCGUCCUCUGGUCGCACCAUGACAGCUAGAAAUGCGGCUGAAUAUGCCAACACUCCUGUCUUGACUGCAUUGGAUGUUAUUCCACCUGGAUCUAGUAAAGACGCCGUUUUAUUAAUUACUAACAACCUUCAGGCUGCAUGGAGCAAAUCUAACUUGAAUAUCAGUCUGGCUCGAUUUGUCAUGAAUGUCAACUUUGUACCAGAAAAAAUGUUUAUUUUGGAAAAGUUUAUCAUUUAUAUAAUAUGUGCCGGUGAUACCUUUUCCGAGGUUCAAUCAAUUGGCAAUGAUGGUCUUAAAAGAUCUGAAAAACCAAACUUUGAAGAUCCUGUGACUGUGUUUGUACUAUAUUCGCUGUACCUUGGAAGUAAUCUGCCAGACUCCACUACUAAUCGUGAUGGCACCUCUGCCAAGUCUAAAACAGAUUAUAUUCGCGGACCAGUUCCAACCAGCAUCAAGCAGCUUGUAAUUGAAUUUUUACUGCGCUCUGCUCUAGCAACAAACUUUAUUCAACUGGCUAUGCAAGUGGCAUUUGAUGCUCUUUAUGGGCAAAAAACCACUCAUAAGCUGCGCUCUGGAGGAAUGUCGUUUGUACAAUGGAUUGCUCGCAUGUCAGAUACUGCCAAGCUCGAGGUUGUUUCACCUGUUUUGCUCACUGGACUGCUUAAAUUUAUCGACGAUUAUACCGAAGAAAACGGAAAUGACAGUGAGAGUCUUCGUGGUUUUGCCUAUGAGGCUGUUGGACUGUUGUCCAAGCGAGUGCCUGCGCCGUUUCAAAAGGACAUUACCAUUUUGUACAACUUUUUUACUGCAGUGUCAGCGGAACAGCGCAAUGUCAGAGUUUCUGUUCUAGAAGCACUUUUCAAUAUGAUUUCAGCAUACAAAGAGGUUGCUAAUGAUCAGGUUUCUCGUAAUGAGAUUGAGGCUAUUUUGCUUGCUAAUGUUGACAAGGCAGAACACCAGGCUCGAUAUGCGGCAGUAAAGUAUGCCGUAAACUUAUUUCCAUUUUCCUCUCCAGUCGGACGUUAUAUUUGCAUUUUAGCAUCAGCAGAUUCAAAACUAGAAGUGCGUGAAGAAGCCAAAAAAGGUCUUGGGUUUCCUGAAAUUGGCCUUAUUGGUGGAAACGAGGCUGAAGAAAGUACAAUUCUUACAGAAUGGAAAGCCAAGCUACCCAACAUCAAUACUACUGUUGCAUACCUUUACAGCAUGUCUAAACGUUUACGUACAGGUUCCAAAUGGAUUCUCAACAUGCCCGUGGAAACGUAUACCUAUCAGCUGGAAUUCUUGAGACGAUUGAUUGUGCUGACGGCUGAUCCUCGCGCACAGCUAAACAAUUUUAACAAGGUUGAAGAUCCUGUCAGUAUUGUUAGUGCCCAAACCCGCGACAAGCUUACAGUCAUGUUAAAACACAUGUGGGAUUCUGAGCAUGCUGAUGCCAAUACAAUGCAAGUGGAUAAGCCAAAAAAUCAUAUUUCAGGAUUGCUCGGAUAUAUUCAUUUCAUUGAUGAAGCACUUAAAUCUCCUGGUGCCGAUGGAGUACUGCAGCUUGUAGCUUCUACAUAUUUGCUUGAGUUAGUGUCUCUUGGACCACUUCCUUUGUGUAUGUCAUAUAGUAACAAAAUUGACUGGAUCAAGUCUUUUUUGUCAACAAUCAAGUCAGAAACACGAAUGAACAUGGCUCACAUUCUUGGUAUUAUUGCUACGGUGGAGCUUACGGAUUCUGCAAGAUUGCACUCGUUGAAACUAUUGUUGACUGAGCUUUAUGAAACUGCCAAAGAUACAUCUAAACAAAAAUCGGAUAUACGCCAUGGUGCCAUUUUGGGGCUAGGAUUUGUGAUUGGCAGAAUCAUGUAUAGAUAUCCCAAAAGUGACUCGAUACUUUCUCAAUCGCUGAUAUCGAGCUACUUGGACGCAAUUGUGGGAGGCCUUGGCCAUGAUCACUCAUUCAUUGUUAUUGCUAGUUGUCAGGCGCUUGCUGAAGUGGGUCGAUAUGCACCACUUAAAUUUAGCAAAGAAUCCACGUCAAGCAUCAAAUCAGUAUUAACGCAAUUGAUUGAGCUGUCCAAGAAUAUGCGAGAUGCAAAAGUUCAAGAAGCUGCUAUUUUCGCCAUUGGUCAUAUUGGUCUUGGAUCACCCGAGAUUGUCGACGAUGCUAUAGCAUUUGUACUGACUCUUCCGUCAAUUUUUUCAAAGCAUGCUGAAAUGCACUUUAAUAUUGGUGAUACAGUCUGUACCUUACUGUUUGGGUUUCAGGCUACCCAUAUGAUCGAGUUUUUGGAUAUUCCUCAAAUCACGUUUCCACCACUUACUUCAAACACUCGAGACUCGGAGUCGGUUUCGACUCCUGAUCCGACAAAAGCUGUUUCAUUUGUAACAAAGAUGCUAGAGUUGCUCCAGCCUGGUGGUGCUGCAGCUACUAGAAAGGCUGUAUGUAUAUGGCUACUAUGUGUCGUCAAAUACUGUGGACAUACUAGCCAUAUUUCUGAAAAUGCGCUAGCCAUUCACUCUGCAUUUUCAGGUCUUCUCGGCGAUCGCGAUGAAUUCACGCAGGAAGUAGCGUCAAAAGGCAUUGGCAUCAUUUACGAUAUUGGAAACCAAAAGGUCAAGGAUGAGUUGGUUCGCUCUCUUGUUUCUACAUUUACAGAGGGACGUCGUUUGGUUCCGCAGAGUGUUACAGGGGAUACUCAGCUUUUUGACAACCAAACUCUGGGAACCACCCCAGAUGGCAGCAACAUUACGACUUACCAGUCUAUUCUUUCUCUUGCUGCAGAUAUGAAUCAACCCGAUCUUGUGUAUAAAUUUAUGUCGCUUGCAUCGCAUCAUUCAAUCUGGAACUCUCGUCGAGGCGCAAGCAUGGGAUUUGAAUCCAUUGCUGCACAGGCAGAGCGAGAAUUGCAGCAGCAUUUACCCAGUCUUGUUCCUCGGCUUUAUCGCUACCAAUUCGAUCCAAACCAAAAGGUAGCAGAAAGUAUGAAAAAUAUUUGGAGAGCAUUGGUCAAGAAUCCCAAGAAAGCCAUGGAUACAUACAUGGAUCUUAUCCUUGAAGAUAUUUUGAAUAGUCUUGGUGAUCGUAUGUGGCGCACUCGUGAGGCCAGCUGUGCUGCAUUGGCAGAUUUCCUAAGUGGACGCCAAAUGAGCGAGAUGGAGCCUUACUUGCAACGGUUGUGGACUAUGUGCUUUCGCGCUCUGGAUGACAUCAAGGAAACUGUGCGCAAUGCUGCAUUUUUGACUUGCAAAACCCUGACUAAAAUGACGGUCAGAUACUGUGAUCCGUCCAAUGUUGCGGUCGAGCAGGGUCAAAAGAUUAUGGAUAUUAUAGUUCCAUUUUUGCUGACCAAGGGUCUUGGCUCAAUGGCUGAAGAAGUUCGAAAGUUUUCUCUUACUACUGUGCUUCGUCUCUGCAAGAAUGGUGGAGUAUUAUUGAAACCUCACAUCACCGAGCUGGUUGGAACCUUGCUUGAAUCGCUUAGCAGUCUUGAGCCUCAAGUCAUGAACUAUUUAACCUUUCAUGCUGACAAGUACAAUGUCACUCAAGAACAGCUUGACACCUCUCGUCUUAGUGCUGCGCGCAAUUCUCCAAUGAUGGAUGCCAUUGAGCAGUGUAUUGGUCAAGUCGAUGCAAAGGUGGUUGAAAGCUUGAUUCCUCGACUUUGCACUAUUAUACGAAAAGGGAUCGGGCUUCCCACCCGUGCUGGAACUGCCCGGUUUGUAUAUUUGCUUGUUCAGCGAUUGCCCUUGGACUUUAAACCCCAUGCCGAUGUUGUUCUAAAAGCUCUCUCUGGUACUAUUCAAGAUCGCUCACCUGUUGUACGCAAAACGUUUGCUGUCGCCAUUGGACAUACCUGCAAACUGGCCAGUGAUUCGGCUGUUGCGCGUAUUAUCACUUAUUUGAAAAAAGGAUAUCUUGAAAGUGAGGAUGCAACAGACCCAGAGGCCAAAUCAAUUGCGGGAGUAGUUUUUUUGGAAAUGUCACGCACUGCUGGCGAUAAGUUAAAAUCGUUUCACAGUGAUGUUCUUCCUCUGGCUUAUAUUGGGGCACGCGAUGGACACGAUGGUAUCCAUCAAGUUUGGGAAAAUGUAUGGGAAGAAAAUACGGCAGGCGCUUCAGGUGCAGCAAAGCUUUGGGUCAAGGAAAUUCUUGAUUUGUGUCAAACUCUUUUGAAAGAGUCGCCAUCUUGGCCAGUGAAGCGACAGGUGGGUAAAUCUAUAGCAGAUCUAUCCAAAACACUUGGUGAAGGAUUUGAACCUUAUAUGGCACAAACCGUUCCUUUUUUGCUGGAGAAUCUUGCUGGUCGUACGUGGGAUGGCAAAGAAGCUUUAUUGGAAGGACUUGCCAAUGUUGCUGUCGCAGGAAAAGGUUGGUUAAAAACCGACACGGUAGGUAAAGCUCUUGUUUCAGAGUUGGAGACUGUGUUUGUUCGUGAAGCAAAGAAAAACAGCCAAAAAUAUCGCCGUUUAGCAAUCGAAUAUCUGGGCACGGUUUUCGAUGCAUUGGAUAUUGGCAAUUUUGACGAUUUAAUUGACUACUUGAUUGAUGUUGCUACCGAGAGCAAUAAAAACGAUAUGGAUGUGGAUGACGAUCGCGAGAAACCACUUGCCUUGGUUAUUCAAGCCAAUGCAUUUACUGCUAUUGGACAGUGCUUUCCUCGUACUCGUUCCAGUCAAGUUGCACAUACCAAACAGAUUGUGGAGCUGCUAGCCAAGAGUUUAGAAGGAAAUGUCUGGAAUAUUCGAAUGGCGGCUCUUGGAUCUCUUUCCAAAGUGUUUGAAAAAUUACUGAUUGAUCCGAUUCCCAUUGACCUUGCCACCACACAUGUCGUGAUGAAUGGUCUUUUUGUUUCACUUGACGACAGCAAGUAUACUGCCAUUCGCAUUAAAUCGUCGACUGUGAUGCUUGAAGUGAUUCAAAAGCUUAAUGUUCAACUUCCUUUACCAGCAGAACUCAAGGAUAGCAUUGUAUCCAAACUGGAAACGAUUAUCCCCAAAGAAACCGCUGCAGCAGUGGAAUUCACUCUCAAAGAAAUCAGAGGGGUUGUGAGUGGUAUGCCUAUUUAACCAAGGCAUUAUGUGGUUUUAAUAAAGCAGUACGCAGCUACCAAACUCGGAUAUACUCA